GUGGUACCUCAAACUCAACUGAAGCCUCAAUCAAAGAACACAAAAUGGUUGUGAAGGUGAUUGGCGCUCCUUAUGCUUCUUGCACUAGGAGAGUCCUUGCUUGCCUCAUCGAAAAGGAGGUUGAGUUCCAAAUCAUCCCCAUAGAUAUCCUUAAGGGAGAACAAAAGAGUCCUGAGUUCCUCAAAUUGCAGCCAUUUGGAGUUGUACCUGUGGUACAAGAUGGAGACUACACUUUAUAUGAGUCGCGAGCAAUCUUAAGGUACUACGCCGAGAAGUAUAAGUCGCAAGGGACCGAUUUGUUGGGAAAAACUCUGGAGGAGAGAGGUGUUGUAGAACAAUGGCUUGAGAUUGAAGGACAAAACUACCAUCCACCCAUUUAUAAUCUCAUAGUUCAACUUCUAUUCCAUCCUAAAUUAGGUGCACCUGUUGAUGAUAAGGUUGUUAAAGAGAGUGAAGAAAAGCUUGAGAAAGUAUUGGAUAUAUACGAGGAGAGGCUCUCAAAGAACAAGUACUUGGGUGGGGACUUCUUUAGCCUUGCUGAUCUGUCACACCUCCCUUUCACACAUUACUUGGUGAAUGAUAUUGGAAAGGGAUAUAUGAUAAGGAACAGGAAACAUGUGAAUGCAUGGUGGGAUGAUAUUAGUAGUAGGACAUCUUGGAAGAAGGUUCUCCAGCUCUAGAGCUCUGGGGUUCCCCUUGUUUCUAGGGCACUUUUAAUAAAUCGUUUUUUUUUUU